CCGUCUUCUUCCUCCCUCGCUCGCCGUCUUCUCUCCUCAUCUCCCAAAACUCUCAGUGGCACACUCUCCUUAACCGGCUCUGAAUUGGAGAAAAACCGGUUCUUCAAUCUGAAAAAAAAAAAUGCAAUUUUCAUGUGAUCCUGAUCAAGAGGGAGACGAGCUGCCACAAUACGAACACAUUUAUCAAAAUGACUUCUCGUAUCGAAAGCACAAGAAACAGAAGGAGGAAGAUAUUUCUAUCUGUGAAUGCAAGUUUGAUUUUGGAGAUCCUGACAGUGCUUGUGGUGAGAGAUGCUUGAAUGUGAUAACCAAUACGGAGUGUACACCUGGUUACUGCCCCUGUGGUGUCUAUUGCAAGAAUCAGAAGUUUCAGAAAUGUGAAUACGCAAAGACGAAGUUGGUUAAGUCUGAAGGUCGUGGUUAUGGACUAGUGGCUGUUGAAGACAUCAAGGAAGGACAGUUUAUAAUUGAGUACUGUGGAGAAGUAAUAUCAUGGAAAGAAGCAAAGCGUAGAGCUCAAACUUAUGAAACUCAGGGUGUGAAGGAUGCUUACAUAAUAUCUCUUAAUGCUUCUGAGGCUAUUGAUGCUACUAAGAAGGGAAGCCUUGCUAGGUUUAUAAACCAUUCAUGUAAACCAAAUUGUGAGACGAGGAAGUGGAAUGUUCUGGGAGAAGUUAGAGUUGGGAUCUUUGCAAAGGAGAGCAUAUCUCCACGGACAGAACUGGCUUAUGACUAUAACUUUGAGUGGUACGGUGGAACCAAAGUCCGUUGUCUCUGUGGUGCAGUCUCUUGUUCUGGAUUUCUUGGAGCCAAGUCUCGUGGCUUUCAGGAGGAUACAUAUGUAUGGGAGGACGGUGAUGAUCGGUAUUCAGUUGAUAAAAUUCCAGUCUAUGAUUCUGCAGAAGACGAGCUUACAUCUGAGCCUUCUAAGAAUGCUGAGUCCAACACAAAUGAAGAGAAAGAUAUUGUAACAGAGGAGUCUACUGCUAUGAUUGUUGAACCAUCAGAUUCAACUCCUAUGGAGGAAGAUGUUGUCACCGAAACUGUUAAAACAGAAGCAGCUGAAGAAGAUAUGAAGCUGACUUCACAAGAUUCAAAACAAGAUUUAUCAGAGAAAAUAGCAGUUAAGUCUCUUCCAAGGAAAAGAGGAAGGCCGCUUUCAAGUGGAAAAACAAAGAAUAUAGUCAAGAAGCACGUUGACAUAGCAAAUGUGGUUCAGCUACUAGCAACCAAAGAAGCUCAAGAUGAAAUUCUCAAAUACGAGGAGUUGAAGAAGGAAGCAGGGGUUCGUCUCUCGUCCUUGUACGAUGAGAUAAGACCAGCCAUAGAAGAGCAUGAGAGAGAUAGCCAAGACAGUGUAGCAACAAGUGUAGCAGAGAAGUGGAUACAAGCAAGCUGUGAUAAACUCAAGGCAGAGUUUGAUCUCUACUCUUGUGUGAUAAAGAACAUCGCUUGCACUCCUAUCAAACCACAUGACUCGACAAAGACCAAACCUUCAGAAGCAGGAAGUGAUAACCAGACAUAAGCUCUAAAACCUGCUAGUUGGCUCGGAAGGUUAUGGAUUAUUACAUUAUUGUACUUGUCAGACUUUUUAUGAGACGGUUAAUUUCGCGGUAGUUGACAUGUGUAUGAUGAUUUGAUUAUUCAUAUUCCAAUGAGAAGCUGACGAAAAACCGCGUGGGGGGGAAUAAUAUAAAGUCCUUUUUUUUUUU